AGCUGAGAUUGGACUUAAGUAUUGUACCAAGUCGUGGCUGGACAAGGCGGCAUCAUGAAUAAAUGUGGAGUGACCGCUGCACGCUUUCAGCUUUGUCCUGGAGAAUCGCUCAUAGUGAAGGGGACAAUUUUACCCGACUGCAAAGGAUUCGAGAUAAACCUGGGCAAAGACUACAACAACCUGGUGCUCCACUUCAAUGCACGCUUUGACUGCAAGGGCGAUGUGAACACUCUGGUGUGUAACUCCAGGCGAGACAGUAAAUGGGAGGAGGAGCAGAGAUCACCUCACUUCCCUUUCCAUCACAACUGUGAGACCGAGAUCACCUUCAGUUUGACAGAGCAUGAUAUCCGCGUCAAAAUGGAAGGGAGUGAAGAAAUUGUCUUCCCCAACCGGCUGGGCCUUAAUCUCAUUGAUUUUCUUGAGGUGGAAGGAGACUUCAGAAUCAAGUCUGUGACAUUUCCCUGAGGAUAGACUGUCUCUCCUGUGGUCUCGUUCUGUAGUCAAAUAGAAUCGGUUGUUCCCAAACAUGCUGACACGAUGUUCUGGAAUUUGUGCAUUCCUUUCACCUAUGUUUUUGUCAAAGCAGGCACGUGGACUCCUUGAAUUGUCGCCAUCUUUCUUGCCGAUCUCUCCUCAUGAUCCGUUUCUUGGCUGUGCUGCGUUGUGACUGAGCUCAUUUUCCAAGAAAUAAAGACCUAUUAAAGAUA